AUGGCUACUCUCAGUGAGACAGAUCUGGAGAGGGGAAAAGACUCUGCCUGCUGCAGUCUCAAAGCUGAGUCUUCAGGCCCCACUUCCAGAGAUGCAGCCUAUUCUCUGCGCCUCUGCCACCCUCCUGUCUCUCACAUCCAUGCCCGUCCUGUUUUCCAGCAUUCACUGUGUUUGAUCUUCCUGGAAAAACUACCCAAAAUCAGUGCUGCAAGAGCCAGGACCACUUGGAACAGUGAGCUGAAUGCAUGUCCUGCAGUUGUAAGGUUACAAUGGAUUUCUCAGUACUCUGAAUCCUGUCUCCCUUGCAGCUUUGUUCCAGCUCUGAGCUGCAUUGAGAAAGUGGCACGACAUACUGCAGGUCCUCCUGCUUUUCCCUGUAGCCAUUGUGAGCGUGGCAGGUUGUAG